AUGAUUGACAUCAUCUCGUCAAAAAUGGAGGAACACCGUCAGGAAGGAAAGGUUGGAAACAGCAACGUCGACAGCAAGAAAGCGGGCAACGCAAAGGAGAAGUAUGGCCUUCGCCCGCGGACCAUCAUCAAGAGACUGCAGCAGGAGAAGAGUCGUCAGGAGAUUCCCAAACCACGGCCUGCGAGGUCGAAGUCACGGCCAGCGCCGUUGUCGAAGUAUCGGAGGAAAACCGCCAACGCCCGCGAGCGCCACCGCAUGAAGGAAAUCAACAACGCGUUCGAAUCCCUCCGCAAGGUCCUCCCGGCGUUGGAAAUCCACACCAGUUCCUCGUCCAUGACUAAAAUCACGACGCUGCGCAUGGCAGUCGGUUACAUCCGGGCCCUGUCGGAGCAAGGUAGUUUGUUGUUAAUCGAAGAAGACUUUGGCGAUCAUAUGGUACGAGUAUUAGUACUAUAA